CAAAUUCCACAGCCAAUUCAAUUAACCACACCUGAAUUCAGAGACUGGGUUUCGGAGCCUAAAAUCUUACAAACUGGGCUCAGAGAAAGGAAGCCCAUGGUGGCGACGUAGACAUUUUUGUUCCAGCGGGUAAAGAAGAGGGGCAAAUUCUCUUUCUUCGUUGUGGAUUUCGGCCUUGAUAUCCCCUUCUGCUUCACAUCCUGCUCCAACGUUGUUGUUCAGCUCAAAACGAGAGAGAUGGCGACUCCCAUGGUUGAAGACACCAACUUCGAAGAUGAUCAGUUGGCCUCCAAGACCACCGAUGAAAUUCUCAGAAACUCCCGUCUUCUUGAUAACGAGAUUCGCGUCCUCAAGGAAGAGUUGCAAAGAACAAAUCUGGAAUUGGAGUCUUACAAAGAGAAAAUAAAGGAGAAUCAAGAGAAGAUUAAACUUAACAAGCAGUUGCCUUAUUUGGUGGGCAACAUUGUGGAGAUUCUGGAGAUGAAUCCAGAGGAUGAGGCAGAGGAAGAUGGCGCCAAUGUUGAUCUUGAUUCACAAAGGAAGGGCAAAUGUGUUGUGCUGAAAACAUCUACUCGUCAGACCAUCUUUUUACCUGUGGUUGGGCUCGUUGACCCUGACAAGUUGAAACCUGGUGAUUUGGUUGGGGUUAACAAGGAUAGUUACUUGAUAUUGGAUACUCUGCCAUCUGAGUAUGAUUCUCGAGUAAAGGCAAUGGAGGUUGAUGAGAAACCAACAGAGGACUAUAAUGAUAUUGGAGGACUAGAGAAGCAGAUACAAGAGCUAGUUGAGGCCAUUGUGUUGCCUAUGACACAUAAAGAGAGGUUUCAAAAGUUGGGCAUACGUCCACCUAAGGGGGUCCUCUUGUAUGGACCUCCUGGGACUGGGAAAACUUUGAUGGCUCGUGCUUGUGCAGCACAAACAAAUGCUACAUUUCUGAAGCUGGCAGGCCCACAACUAGUGCAGAUGUUCAUUGGAGAUGGAGCAAAACUUGUCCGUGAUGCUUUUCAGCUUGCAAAAGAUAAGUCGCCUUGCAUCAUUUUUAUAGAUGAAAUUGAUGCCAUAGGCACAAAGCGUUUUGAUAGUGAAGUGAGUGGAGAUAGGGAGGUGCAGCGGACAAUGUUAGAAUUGCUAAAUCAGCUGGAUGGCUUUAGCAGUGAUGAACGUAUUAAGGUAAUAGCAGCAACAAAUCGUGCUGAUAUCCUGGACCCUGCCCUCAUGCGUUCUGGUCGGUUGGAUCGCAAAAUUGAGCUUCCACAUCCCACUGAAGAAGCAAGAGCUCGAAUCUUACAGAUCCACUCAAGGAAGAUGAAUGUUCACCCAGAUGUAAAUUUUGAAGAACUUGCACGGUCCACAGAUGAUUUCAAUGGAGCGCAAUUAAAAGCUGUCUGUGUGGAAGCCGGCAUGCUAGCCCUGCGCCGGGAUGCAACUGAGGUGAACCAUGAGGAUUUCAAUGAAGGUAUCAUUCAGGUUCAAGCAAAGAAGAAAGCAAGCUUAAAUUAUUAUGCAUAGAUGAAAUCAUUUUAUUGCAGGAUCAAGGUGACAACCGAACUGACGGUGUCCCUGUUAGGAGUUGAUUCUAUAUAUGUUGUACUUUUUAUUUUAAAAUGAAUUCAUAUGAAUGCGUUUCAUUAGGUAAUUUAAGCAAACCAAAUAUGUGACCUGGGAGUUGCAUGGAUUGCCUUUUCAUUUCGGGUUGGGUAGAGGGAAAGCAAAAGAAGUACGUCUCUUUACUUCUUUAGGGUUACUAUCCCUUUUCCUUUUUCGCUCUAAGCUGUACGUGUAUCUUCUGAUGUUUUUUUAGGGGGUGGUUAUUGCCACCAACAAAUGUACCAAGGCCAC